GCUGUUUGUGCUAGUUAACCUUUUCUAAGCCUGGGUCAGCUCCUGCUGGGAGGCAGGGGCGAUCUGGAGAGAGUGAAAGUCUGGCAGACCCCAAAGUCUCCAGCAUGCCUUGGCCCCCAGCACACGCCACCGCCUUUGCAGAAUACCAAACGAUCCCGCAUCACGCUCUUCAUAAGUCAGCCAGGCUCCAUGUGCAGCUGACAGUUCGGAUUCCAGAGGAGAACUGCCUCCAGGAACACUCUGCAGAUACUUCCUGGGAGUUGAAUUUGUCAAAUUAAUGUCUACAGUGAUAUGUAUGAAGCAAAGGGAAGAAGAAUUCUUGCUAACCAUCAGACCUUUUACAAACAGGAUGCAGGUAACCCCACACCAUUAGGAUUGAGGCACAUGUGCUCACUUUAAAGCUGCUAGUAUUGUUCCUAAGAAGUUGCACAAGCCUGGGCUUUUAACUGAAGACAAACUUUUCACUGACAUAUAAAAUACUACAAAUGCUCUGGUAAUGUUCUCAAGAAUAACUGCAGAAUGUGCUGGAAAUGCAACAUUCUGAGAUAAAGAGGAAAUGGUUGGGCUUCAUUUCUGUCUCUCCCAGCACAGAAUGACCUGCAAUGCUUUAGCCCAAAAUCCCCUUGCUACAUUCCCAUUGUGAGCAGUGCCACCCUGUGGGAUAGAAGCACACCCAGUGCAAAGCACAUCCCUCAUUAUGAAAGAACUGCAGUACCCUGCUCCAGAUUCAUUAAUCACAUGAAGAAUUUCUCUGAAUCUCUUAAAUUUCGUGGUCUACACUUUCUGAAUUUUCCAGUAUUUCCAGAAAGGACUCAAAGUUCAAUGUCGUGUAAAAGACUAAUUCGUACUUGCCAGUACAUAGUCCCCAGGUCUUCUGUAAGCACAGUUUCUUUUGAUGAAGAAAGCUAUGAAGAACUCCAUUCCUCUCCAGCACCAUCCAGUGAAACUGAUGAGGCCCCAUUGAUUUUCACUGCCAGAGGAGAAACUGAGGAGAGAGCCAGAGGAGCACCCAAGCAGGCUUGGAACUGUUCAUUUUUGGAACAACUGGUAAAAAAGCCUAAUUGGGCACACUCAGUAAAUCCUGUUCACCUGGAGGCCCAAGGCAUACACAUCAACAGACACACAAGACCUAAGGGCCAGCCCUUGAGCAAUCCCAAGAAAAAUUCUGGUUCUGCCGCCAGACCUUCCACUGCCAUCGGCCUUUGCAGGAGGAGCCAGACCCCCUGCGCCCUGCAGAGCGCCGGCCGGAGUAACACAGAGCUGGAGCGGGAGGAGAGGAUGGCAGUCCCAGCAGGCGCUCAGGCACACCCCGACAUCCAAAGCAGACUCCUGGGCGCGUCCGGAAAUCCCCUUCGAAGAGGCGCGGUUGCCAUGGCGCCGGAGAUGCUCCCCAAGCAUCCUCAUACCCCGCGGGACAGGAGGCCUCAGGCGGACGCCUCCCUCCAUGGCAAUCUGGCAGGAGCGCCCCUUCCUCUGCUGGCCUGUGCUUCCACCCAUUUCCCCUCCAAGAGGUUAAUAAAGGUUUGCUCCUCAGCAGCCCCCCGCCCAACCCGGCGUUUCCAUACGGUUUGUUCACAGGCCCUUUCUAGGCCGGUGGUGAAUGCUCACUUACAUUGACCGCUGCGAGGGAAUUGUUCGGCGAGUGCUGCCCAUCUUCAAAUCAAUGCCUGCUCAGAACAACAGAAAGGGCCUCAGAUGUACUGGUUUCCACAGAACCAUUGUUAGGCUUUUGUGAAGCAUUUUUGAACCUAAUAAAUAAUGUCAAAAGUC